UAUGCACUCACCCUAGUGUCUGGGACAGUGAUUGUACCAAUUGUGGGUGGAGCAAUUGAAGUCAUAAAUCUUGAUUGGAGGUGGACUGAAUAUAUAAGUUUGUUCCGAUCGCAGAUUACUGGAAUAAUUAUGGCCCUCUCAUUAAUAUUAGGGGCCAUCUUCUUGGACGAAAGUUAUCCACCUGUGCUGUUGGUCUACAAGAGCCGCCAACUUCGUCUACGGUCCGGAAAUUGGGCACUUCACGCCCAACAUGAAGAAUGGGAUGUCACUUUAAGCGAGCUAUCAAGCAAACAUCUGGCACGACCAUUUCAGUUGUUAAUGACGCCAAUAUGUUUUGCUAUCGCUCUAUACGCCUCUUUUGUCUAUGGGGUUCUCUAUCUCAAGCUCCGCGGUUGGAAUCCGCUAGUCGGGGCUUUGCCAUUUCUAGGUCUUCUUUUCGGGUUCUUCCUUGGUGCCGCAGUUAAUAUAACCAACCAGAGAUUUUACAGUCAACGAUUCCAAGCGAACAACAAUCGUCCCGUUCCCGAAGCCCGACUCCCACCUAUGAUGAUUGGUUCAGUCUUUUUUGCUGCAGGCUUGUUUAUAUUGGGUUGGACUAGUGAGCCGCAUAUAUUCUGGUUUGGCCCCAUCUGCGGUGCUGUAUCAACAGGGCUUGGCUUCUUCACCAUUUUCCAAGCCGCAUUGAAUUAUCUGAUUGACACAUUUUCUGAAUACUCCGCGAGUGCUAUUGCAGUCAAUACUUUCCUACGGAGUAUAUUUGCCGGCUGUUUUCCAAUCUUUGCGAAUGCGAUGUUUCAUAAGCUGGGAACAGCUUGGGCAUUCAGUCUUUUGGGAUUUGUUGCCGUCGCUCUCAUUCCGAUUCCAUUUGUAUUUUAUAUAUAUGGCCCACAGAUCAGAGCCAGAGACAGAUGGUCCAAAGUAUCCGUUUAG